AUGUCGCAAUCUAUCAAGAUACUUAUUGAAGAAAAGUUGGGAAAAUUUCCACAAUUCUUGAUAUAUGCCAUCCUGGAAUGGGUGGUGAUAAUUCUACUAUUCAUCGAUGGGUUUCUUGCCUUUAUCUGUAACGAACUUGCAAAAUUAUUUGAUUUGAGAAUCCCAUGCUUGCUCUGCACAAGGAUUGAUCAUGUUCUGGUUCACAGAAAUCCAAAUUUCUAUUACAAUGAUUCGAUAUGCGAAGUUCACAAGAAAGAUAUUUCUUCCCUUGCCUAUUGCCACGUGCAUAAGAAGCUGUCUGAUAUACGAAGCAUCUGUGAUGGAUGCCUUCUUUCAUUUGCAACAGAGAAGGACUCUGAUUGCGAUAGAUACAAGUCUCUUGUUGGGAUUCUGCACAAGGAUAUCGAUUGCUUUGUAGAGGAUGACCAGAGAAAUUUUGUAAAAUCAGGAAAGAAGGAUGAAGGGUUGCAAGGUGACCUGACUGGUGUUCCUCGGUGUUCUUGUUGUGGGGACCCUUUGAAAACGAGACCCUCCUCGAAAUUCAUUCGAAGUUCGUCGAUGAAUGCUAAUGCUCCCACCCCUUCUCCAAGAGCACCCCUGCUGUCAUGGAAAAAUGAGGAUGGGAGAAAUCCAGAAUUGCCCCACAUUCGGUACACAGAGCUCAAGUUCAUGUCGGAUAAUGAUUCAGAACUUCCAGAAGAUGAGGAUGCUUCAAUUGGAGACAAUCAACCAGGUAGAGAAGAUACUAAAGCUGCAACAGUGCCUUUACUGCCAGACUCAGAGGACAUAAAUGAAGAUGCUAGUAAAACCCCUCUCUUCGUUAGGGGAAACAAAUUUUUUGGAAUACCACUGUCGGAUUCAGCUCAAGCCAGUCCUAGGUACAGGGCGGGUAAAAAAUUUUCCAUGGACAAGCCGGACUUUGUUUUAGAGCCCAAUGACAUUAACGCACUGAACGAAGCAGACGGUGACUCCAUUUUGACUCGUUUGAAGAGACAAGUUCGUUUAGAUCGCAAGUCCCUCAUGGCACUGUAUAUGGAACUAGAUGAAGAAAGAAGUGCCUCUGCUGUUGCAGCAAACAAUGCGAUGGCAAUGAUCACUCGGUUGCAAGCAGAGAAGGCAGCUGUUCAAAUGGAGGCCUUGCAGUAUCAGAGGAUGAUGGAAGAACAGGCAGAGUAUGACCAAGAAGCACUGCAGGUCAUGAAAGACUUACUUGUGAAGAGAGACGAAGAGAUUAAGGUUUUAGAAGCAGACCUUGAUGUUUAUAGGGAAAAAUAUGGGCCUAUUAAGAAAAUAGGAAGUGAGGUCUGUGAAAUUGAUGAUGACGAAGAUUAUCAAGCGUUGAAAUCUCAGUCUCUAUCAUCUUCUGGUGAAAAAUCUGAGUGUGGCAGUCCCAGUGAACUACUAGAUCAAAGUGGGAUUGGAGCAAAGAAACGUUCAUUUGACCGUUCCAUGGAGCUAGGAGCUGGUGGAACUCUGGAUGAAUCAUCCCUAGACUUCGAGCACGAAAGGUCUUACCUUCUAGGUUUAUUGAAAGAUGUCGAGAGAAAUAUGAGGGUACCCUCCGUCGACCAAGGAUCUCAUCUCUCGGGGUCUAACGUGGAAGAGCAAGAGCAAGGAGAGAGAGGUACAGAAACUAAGCCUAUUCUUGAAAGAGAGCUGUCUUUGAUUAGGGAGAGAUUGAGAGCAAUUGAAGCAGAUAGUGGCUUCUUAAAGCAUGCUGCUAUGACUCUGCAGAAGAGUGGUGAGGGAAGCAAACUCUUGACAGAGAUUGCUCAACAUCUGCGGAACCUUCGGUACUCCGUGAAAAUGCCUAAUGAUGACAUAGAUGCGUGACCUGUGUUGCUGAAUGGGGUAAACCAAACCAUAUUCAGAGCUGGUUCCAUCCGAUUGCGAGUUCAAAUAUCUCAUCCAGCUUGACAUGCUGAAGACAGACUAAAUCUGUACCAGGUUUGGCUGAACUCCGGGGUCGCAUGCAUGAGUAGCUAGCUACAGAAUAGUUUCCAGUCCAGUGGUUUAGCAUGCAAAGUAUCAAUACGUGUAGUUUUUGGCCGUAGGGUUAAUGUCUUUUUUUCUGAUUAAAGGCUUUGAUAAUUUCGUGCUUACCUUCCUUUCCUGUCCCUCGCUCAUUUUAGGGCCAUGACCAUGAGGUGUCAGAUUUGAACUCAGUAACAUUAUUAUUAUUCUCGUUUCAUCAAUGCAA